AUGGUUAGCCUAGUGGUGAGCCAGGUCCGCUUGGCCAAAGUACUCGUCGAUGGUGGCAGCGCCCUCGACAUCAUCUUCGCCAGCACAUUGGAGAGCAUGGGCUACGACAUGACCUCCCUGGUUCCAUCCGACCAAGCCUUCUACGUCAUCAUCCCUAGAGCCGGGUCGACUCCAGUCGGCCGGGCCACUCUGUCGGUCACCUUCGGCACCCGCGACAACUUCCACACCGAGUACGUCAACUUCGAGGUCACCGAGUUCGAGACCUCCUACUACGCCAUCCUGGGAAGACCCUCCCUCGCCAAGUUCAUGGCGAUACCCAACGACACAUAUCUUCUCCUGAAGAUGCCAGCUCCUAAGGGGGUCCUCUCAGUCUACGGAGAUCUGUAG